GAGAGGCUGGCUAGCAGGAAGUUCCCCAUGCAGCUGCUGGGCAGUGACUCCCACACUUGGGUUUCGAUUUCCUAGGCAAGGCUGUGAUGGAGGAGGGGCAGCGAGUUCGGACUCCACUUCCUCUAUGGAGUCACACCCCCCUGUAGUGGGGCAGAAUCUCCAGACCUGACCUACAGGGCCAUCCCUCUGCCAUUACAGCAUUCCUGAGGCCAGCUAGCAACUAUGGGAAACUGGCUGGUUGGCGAGUCAUCUGCCGGGCCAUCUGGGGGAUCAUUUGGGGAGCCAUCAGCGGGACCAUCCUGGAGAUCAUCCGAUGGGUUAUCCGGCGGGUGGCCUGACUUGCACGCAGUGCCAGCAUACAGGCUAAAAGACUUUAUCCACGCAAAACUCAAACCCAGUGAAGAAUGCCUGAAACGGAUAGACCAGGACGUGGAUGCCAUCUCUGACUUCCUGUGGAGCAGUGAGCUCCCUGUGCGGGGAGUGGCUAAGGGUGGCUCCUAUGGUCGGGAAACAGUCCUAAGAGGCUACUCAGAUGGCACCCUUGUUCUCUUUAUGGGUGGCUUCCGUAGCUUUCGGGAUCAGAAGGAAAACCAACGUGGACUCCUCAGUGUGAUUGAACAACGGCUGAAACACCACAAGAAAUACUCUAUGUCAGUGAGCCUUGGGCACACCCUUGAAGUUCUACUGUCCGUACAUGGGCAGAAGAUACUCUUGCAGAUCCUUCCAGCCUUUGAUCCUCUAUCUCCAGCUGACUCAGACCACCAUCAGAGUCGAGCAUCCUGCUGCUCUCUGUCAGCAGGCUUUGGUGAGGACUCCAGCUCCCGGAUCUAUCGGGAUCUCAAAAGUACCAUGGAUAAAGUAAGAGCAGCGCCCGGCGAGUUUGCAGCCUGCUUCACCACGUUGCAGCAGCGGUUCUUCCAGCGGUAUCCCAGGAGAGUGAAGGAGCUGGUCCUGUUGGUAAAGCACUGGUAUCAGGAGUGCCAGGAGAAGAGGAUGACUUCCCCAUCUCGGCGGUUCUCCUACGCCCUGGAGUUGCUCACUGUGUAUGCCUGGGAACAGGGCUGCCAAAAUGAGGACUUUGACAUGGCAGAAGGUGUCAGGACCGUGCUGGGACUCAUCAAGCAGUCGUCAGAGCUGUGUGUCUACUGGAUAGUCAAUUACGGCUUCGAUGAUGUAACAGUUCGCAAUACUCUUCUGUGCCAACUCAGGUCCCAAAGACCCAUCAUCUUGGACCCAACUGACCCAACCAAUAAUGUGGGCAAAGACGGCUCCUGGGAGCUGCUGACAGAGGCGGCUCAGGCCUGGCUGGACUCUCCCAGCCUGAAUGAUAUGUCACCUGCACAAUGCUGGAAUGUUCUGCCCACAUCACUCUUCAUCACCCCAAGCCAUUUACUGGACACGUUCAUCAAAGACUUCCUCCAGCCCAAUGAAAAGUUCUUGAAGCAGAUCAGAAAAGCUGUUAACAUCAUCUGUGAAUUCCUCAAAAACAACUGCUUCAAGGACUCAAGCACCAAAGUGCUGAAGGCCGUCAAGGGAGGAUCCACUGCCAAAGGCACGGCUCUGAAGAAUGGAUCGGAUGCUGAUAUCGUAGUGUUUCUCAGCCCCCUGAAGAGUUACGACUCCCAAAACAAGGAGCGUGCAAUGUUUGUCCAGGAAAUCCAGAGGCAAUUAGAAGUCUUCCGAAAGACCCAGGAGCUGGAGGUGAAGUUUGAGAUUUCAGAGUGGACGGCCCCCAGGGUGCUGAGCUUCACCUUGAAAUCCAGGAGUCUCAACGAAAGUGUUGACUUUGAUGUCCUGCCCGCCUAUGAUGCACUAGGUCAGCUGCAUCCUGGCUUCACCUCCAGACCCAAAGCCUACAAGGAUCUCAUUGCGUUAUGUAAAUCAUCAGGCAUCAAGGGGGGAGAGUUUUCCACGUGUUUUACAGAGCUACAGUGCAAGUUCAUUAUACUCCGACCCACCAAACUGAAGAAUCUGAUUCGCUUGGUCAAGCACUGGUACAAACAGUGUGAAAGGAAAAUGAAGCCAAAAGCAUCCUUGCCCCCAAAGUACGCCCUGGAGCUUCUCACGGUGUACGCCUGGGAGCAGGGCAGCGGCAUGGAGAAAUUUGACACUGCCGAAGGCUUCCGGACAGUCCUGGACCUGGUCAUCAAAUACCAGCAGCUCUGCAUCUUCUGGACAGUCAACUACAACUUCGAAGAUGAGCCGAUAAGGACGUUCCUACUGACCCAGAUCCAGAAAAAGAGACCAGUAAUCCUGGAUCCAGCUGAUCCCACAGGCGACGUGGGAGGAGGUGACCGCUGGUGUUGGCAUCUUCUGGCCAAAGAAGCAAAUGAGUGGCUCUCCUCCCUCUGUUUUGAACUGCAAAGUGGAGACUCGUGGCAGAGAGUGCAGCCGUGGAAAGUGCCAGUGGUACAGACCCCAGGAAGCUGUGGAGCUCAUAUCUACCCCACUGUGGGUAUCUGAGUUGGAGUCCAUCUCUGGGAUGAAAAUGCUAGAUGAAGCCUCUAGAGUCGACUGACCAUUGAUUUAAAGACUCAAGCCAUGUUACAGAAGGGAGCGGGUCCAGUCCUCCCUGGCUGGUCCCCACCUCUCUCCUGCACUCCCAGACAACUCUGCUUGAAAUCAAGACUUCAGAUCUGCUCCCCCUCCCACCCCAGGAUCUUACAUUGUGGACACCCCUCUGUGCAAGUGACCUUCAGAGAUGCUUGCCCCCAAGCAGCGUGCUGUGUUCCCAUUCUAUAUGUUUUUUCCCUGUUUCCUUCUCUACACGCCUCUCUUCAGCUCUGGACUCACCCUGUGUCGCCAAGGUUGAGCCCCUCCCUUGCCCUUCAUUUCCAGCAGUCCCAGUUAGCUCUCAGUAUCUCGCUGCCUCUUUGCUGAGCUUUUCCCUCCAUCCACAGGCCUUUCCUGCCUGUGUGUCCAGAGGUGUCCAGCCCAGCAGCCAGCCAACCCUCUCCCUCCACCCCUGCUGCUAAAAUCUCUUGGGGAAAUGUAAACAACGCGUACUGUUGUAAUAUGAGCUUCCUCCAUCAAUGUAGCCCUCCUCCUAAGGUCCCAGGACAAACCAGGGUCUGAGGAACCAAGGAAUUCUUUGGGCUUACCUGCAGCAUGUGGGUGAGGGGUCAUGGGCGGGGCUGAGGUGACUCUAACUCAGCUACACUGGAAUGUCCUCACCCACCAUGAAUGGUGGCUUCCCCAGGGCUGCCUAGAGGGCACCCUGUCCCCCCAUCUUUCCCCUUAUAUCUUCUAACCCCUCCCAGAGACCACGUGUAAAUAGGGCAGAGUAGCAUACAGCUGGUUGGAACUGGUUGCUGAAGUAAGAGUCCUUAACCUUUCCACACCCCUCUUCCAAGGGGGAAGACGUACAGUCAGCAGACCCAGUUGUGAUGUUCUUGGAUGGGCCAGCUCAGGUCGACUCCUGAAGAUGGUGGUAGUUUGUCUCGGAGGGUAGUUCUUUACAAAGCUUCACACCAAGGGUGGUUGAUACCUCCUGCCUUAGCCUUGAGAGCUGCCCUUACCUUUGUGACUGCCCAGGGCCCUCACCCCAGUGUUUCAACUCCAUUGAUGCAUAAGGGCUUAGCCCUAUGCAUCCUAGCGCAAAGGUUGUCCCUUCUCUCCCUGGCUCUGUCACACUGAGGACCGUGCCGGCCCCUGUACCACUUCUCAUCAUAGAACCGCAGCACCCAGGGAGUUUACUUUAAUUAGUAGGUUAUGUAGGGGAAAGGGGAAAAGAGCAAAGAGAGAGAGGCGGGGGUGGGGGGGGAGGGGAGGGAGGAGAGAAGUGGGGAGAAGGGAGAGACAGGAAACACCUCUUCAAGAGAGAGAGAAAGGACCCAGGCUGGAAGCUGAAGAUCAGCUUGCCCAGAAGAUGGGGGGGCGGCAGAAGGGGGGGAGUGGGCAUGGCUUGUCUCUUAAAGGGACUGAGCAGACCAUUACACUUAGAGCAGUUUCUUAACCUCUGGGUCAUGACCCUUUGAGGUCAAAAGACCUUUUUACAGGAGUAGCCUAGGGUCACCUGCACGUCGGGCAUUACAUGACAAUGCAUCAUAAAAAAUAAAAACUAUUGGUUUAGAAAAUGUCUCUCCUUACUUAAAGCCCAUUCAAGUUAAAAAAAAAAACUGGUUUAAAGAUAUGUGUCUAACCUCCUUGUUUUUGCUAAUAUUGUUGAGCUGUAACUAUUUUGGUAAACUGAGUCAUACAAGAAACUUUUAUCCUAUAAUUAUACACUGUAGAAGGAUCAGGAAAAUUCCCAGUCCCUUUGUAGACUAUGUUUAUAAAUUCAAAGUCUUAUCUUGAUACUGAAAGAGCUUUAAUUCAGAAAUUGUUAUUUUAAUUAUAGAUAGUUAAAGAUGAUUAAGCCUUGAGAUGACCAAAACUAUACUUAUAAAUCAUGCUAAGUACUAAUGUAAUCAAGUACAGGAAAAAUUUAUCUAACCUCUCAAAUGUUUUCAAGGUAUGUUGCGGGAGGUCCUUCCGCCCCUCCAACCAAUAGCUGCUGUGAUACCAGCCCAUUGGGGCGUGGUCUCUCUCCCUUUAAAAAAGCGGCUAUUUCCUCUGCUCGCUCUCUUCACUUCCGGCUCAGCCGGAGACUAGACUCCCUUCCUGGUUGUGCAGAUGGCUGUUGUCUGGGACGGUGAUCUGUAAGUUUUCCCCUUUAAAUAAAUAACACCCUAUUAAUCAUAA